GUGACUAUGGCCUUCUCCUCCCUCACGGCAGUUUUUGUAGCAAUAAUCUGCAUCUUGAUUGGAAUAAUACUGAAAGGCAGCAAGAAAAGCAGCAACAAGGAGCAGAGCAAAACCAACAAGAAGGCAGAGGCUCGCCCGUGGGUGGAUGAAGACCUAAAAGACAGCACUGACCUUCAUGUAGAGGAAGAAGAUGAUGGUGAAUGGCAAGGAUUAGACGACAGCAUUGCUCACGUCCCUUUUUCAACUGAGCAUUACUCUGAAGAAGACAUGGUCAAAAGAUCAAAGGAUUUUUACGAGCUUCUCAAUAAGAGAAGAUCUGUCAGGUUUAUAAGCGACGAGCCGGUUCCAAGGGAGGUAAUUGACAAUGUAAUCAAAGCAGCAGGAACAUCUCCUAGUGGGGCGCACACUGAGCCUUGGACCUUUGUGGUAGUGCAAGAUGUAGAAAUAAAACAUAAGAUCCGGGAGAUCAUUGAAGAGGAAGAAGAAAUAAACUACAAGAAAAGAAUGGGAGAUAGAUGGGUUAAUGACUUGAAAAGACUGAGGACCAACUGGAUCAAAGAAUACUUGGAUGCAGCUCCCUACCUGAUCCUUAUUUUCAAGCAGGUGUAUGGAACGCUUCCAGAUGGGAAAAAGAAAACCCACUAUUACAAUGAGAUCAGUGUUUCUAUUGCCUGCGGCAUUCUCCUCACUGCACUACAGAAUGUGGGCCUGGUGACAGUUACCUCCACACCCCUGAAUUGUGGCCCACGCCUACGAGUGUUGCUCAAGCGCCCAGUGAAUGAAAAACUUCUUUUGCUGUUGCCUGUUGGGUACCCCAGUAAAGAUGCUACUGUGCCAGACUUGACACGAAAGCCACUGGAUGAUAUUAUGGUGGUUAUAUAAAUGUGGAACAGUUGGGAAGAAACCUUUGGCCAUAUAUUGCUAUUGAGAGAAAUCCAGUGGAGGCUGGUGACUCUGAUGUCAGUGGGGUGUCCACUCUGAGUUUCAGUCAGAACCAGUCAGAGCUCUAAAAGAUCUAUCCAUAGCUCAGAGCUCUGACUGGUUCUGACUGAAACCAGGAGCGAAUUCCCCACCCUGCUGACAUUGGAACCACCAGCCUUCACUGGAGAUGUUCAUUUUCCUUGACUAUUUACAAUGCCCCCAUUGAAACCCGCAGCAGCUUCCUCUAUAAACAGAUUCUUAAGCUCACAUGAACCCAUAAACACAUGGAAAAUGCUGUGAAUAACACACUGAAUGUACUUAUAGACAUGCUUACAUGAUAUUGCCACAAUUCUCAUAACAUGUAACUGCUUCAUAGGUGGCAUCCACCAAAAGUUGUAGUCAUGGCCAAAGGCAUCCACUUACAAGAAGGCUGCAAUGAACCUCAAUUGAUACAUAGUACACACUCUUCAGCUACAUUUUAUGUGCGUCUCUCCAGCAUUUUAUAUCCAGACACCUUCAAAGCACUAAUAAUGACAACCAGCAGUAAGCAGUCAGAAUAAGUAAACUUCAUCGGGGUAGUUAUUGAUGAGGAUUAUCGAUUAUUCCAAGGACACACAUGCAAUGGCAUUUAAAUGGUCUCCCUCACUUUAAUUACUGCACUCCCUGCUUUGAAUUGCAGAAUACUCUUUCUUAACAUGUUUGGUGCUUUUCUGUAUGCGUGUGUUAGAUUAGGACAGUCAGUACCCUAUGCUCACUCUGAAUAUAAAUAUGAUUUUUAAAUUGCUUGGUGAAUCAGAUUGUCUGCCUUAAGUUUAGAACAGGAAGCAAAUAUUUACAGGGCUAGUGUUUCAAUAUUGGAUGAGAAACAGAAAUAGGGAAGUGGGUUCUGGAGUAUAACCCUUUCCCUCCUGACCAAAUAACCACAAAAAAGCACCCACAGUACAGCUGGGAUAAAUCUGUUUUAAGCUGGAGAGCUAGCACAGAGCAAGGCAUGAUGAAGCUCCAGCACCUCUCUUGCUAGAAAAUAACUACUAGACAUGUUUAGUGCCACCUCCAGAUUUUGGAGAGCUCUUGAUCAAGGCUCCCUCAAGGGCCUCCAUCCCUCAAUGAGUCGACCUUCUCAUCCCCAUUGUCACCAGCUGCUCUUGCUCCUCACCUGUUUUGUCUUCAUUGCUACCACUUGCUUUCUUGGCAGGCAGAAGGCCAGGAAGAAGUAGGCAGGGGGCACCUACUGCUUCUCGCCAUCACUACUGUUAUCUGUGGCAGAGCGAGAGGCAGGUGAACAAGUAGGUUGGAAUGGCGAAGAGGAGCAGAAACUCCAAAGGGCUCAUGUCAGUGGGCCCCUGCUAGGAUGUGGGUCUUGAGCAGCUGCCCAACUAUGCCUACUCCUUGAUGCGAGCUUUGUAUGUACUCUUUUGUUCAGCUCCCAACUUGCCCAUUUUCCCAGGACAGACACCAGUCCAGGAUCUGUUUCAUUGCAAGGAGAGUGUGCUGGAGGGGUGGAGGCUGUUUAUAUAGAGGGGGGUGAAGCCUGUUUAUAUAGAGCCAGUGUGGUGUAGUGGCUAAAGUGUUGGACUGGGAGUUGGGAGAUCCAGGUUUAGUCCCCACUCAGCCACAGAAACCCACUGGGUGACUUUGGGCCAGUCACAGACUCUCAGCCCAACCCACCUAACAAGGUUGUUGUUGUGAGGAUAAAGUGGAGAGGAGGAGGAUUAUGUACGCCACCUUGGGUUCCUUGGAGGAAAAAAGGCGUGAUAUAAAUGCAAUAAUACAUACAUACAUACAUUUACAAAUAUGCAUGUUACACAUUUGAGAUCUGGCAAGUAUCAAGACAUACCAUAACUACUUGGAAGUAAAUGCCACUUGAUUCCAUCUGAUUAACUUCCAUUUAAAUGUGCAUAGGACUGCAGCCACAGUCACUGUGUCUUGAGAUUUGCUUGUGUUGCGGCACUCCCAAGUUCUGCUCUGAACAAACAGAAGUACAAUAUGAAAUAUUUCUGGUGGGGAAAGCUAAAUGUUCUGGUAUUUUUCAAGAUUUCAAAGAACAAAACAUUUAGGCUGCAGACCUGAGCACUCUCACUAUGGAGGAAGUAGGGACAGCCCUCCCAUGAGACAGGAUGAUACUUUCACCUCUUUGAAAGGGGGUGGAUUGGACCCCCAUCUACUCUCUGGAAGACCACCUGCUGUCUGCCCACUCAGUGAUGCACCAUGCCUCUCAAUGCCUUGUGUCACAGCAUGACAACAGCUCAUAUAGUCCUCCAGAGAGCACCCCAGGCACCAAAUGCCUCACUCUGAGGGGAUCCUUCCUCAGGGCAAAGCAUUGUGGGUGAAGUGACCAUGGAGACCACCUUACUGGAUUGGGGCAAUGAUUUGUAAUGUAGACUGCUUGAAGAACACCCAUCCAAAUGCAGGGACCACAGUAAAAGCUCAUUUAUUGGCCUAGACUGGUGUGGGCAUUUUCUCCCCUGCCUUUCCCCCUCUUUUACAAUGCUUUUUAUAAUGAAAUAAAUGAAAAAUAGACAUUUGCUACAUUGGUGCUGCUUCAAACUGGCAAUAUUCAGGCACGAGAGCAAUGCUAACAAGCAAAUAAAAUUUAAACAUAAAACUUCCUUGCUUUUGUAUUUCCUCCUGCAGGAACUUCUUAGAUAAAAUGAAACAAUCCAUUUGAAAUUGUCUUACAUGUGUUCAUUAAAGACUUUCCAUUUCUGUGAUUGGAAUAACUCUGUACUUUGAACUGAGAUUAGCUCAAGACCUGAUGGCAGGGAUGUUCCAUGAAUGUGUAAACAUGGAAAGGAGAUCACUGGGUUGUGUAAACGUUACUUAUCUGGGGAGGGGGGGGCACAUUCUUUUGAUUU